CAAGUUAAUCAAAUUGGAUCGUGUUUUGUUGAAGGGCCAAAAUGAUUAUGCCAUGCAGCAAUCGAAUCUUUUUUUCCCCAAAAAAAAUUGUUAAAAGCACCGGAGUACCGUUUCUACAAAUUUUGUUGAAAAGCCAGUCAAAUUCAAGGUAGCUCAAAUCCAUAUCGAAUGAAUUUGGGUCGAGUUUGAUCCAGGAACGUUCUCGGUGUUCAGAUUUCUAUCGUUGCCCGCGGUAACUGUAUUCUCUGCUGCCUUCGGAUCAGUGAGAAAAUACAUUAUAUAAUAUAUUUAGCAGAAGUCCUCAGUAAUGAGACACAGACAGAAUGCCGCUCGUCCACCAGCAGCUAAAUAUCCCCCCGGGACUUCAAAUUUAUCCAAAUCGAAAGAUUCGGGAUUCCUAUGCAGCUUUCCGUUUUCAUCAGAGAAGAGGAUCUUUGGUUUCUGCUUCGCAUUCCGAAUGAUUAAUGCUCUGUUAGUGAAGUCCUAUUUCAAUCCGGAUGAAUACUGGCAAGGGCCUGAAGUAGCGCACCGCAUUGCAUUUGGGUAUGGUCAUUUGACGUGGGAGUGGAAGGAAGGAAUCCGAAGCUACUUGCAUCCGAUGGUUUUUGUCGUGCUUUACAGAAUUCUGGCCUUACUUCGUCUUGAUAGUCCGUGGUUCAUGAUGAAGGCUCCGCGGCUGCUACAGUCCAUAUUCUCAGCAGUGUGUGAUUUGUACCUGUACAAACUAUCCAAUGUUGUCUUUGGUCAUCAUGUUGCAAAAUGGGCUCUCUUUUGCCAGUUGACAAAUUGGUUUAUGUUUUACUGUUUGUCACGGACAUUGUCAAAUAGCUUGGAGACUGUUCUUACAGUAGUGUCUCUAUACUUUUGGCCUUGCAUGAGACCCUUUGGCGAAUGGUCCUUCAUUUCAAGGAAGUGGGCCUUACUUGUUGCAGCUUUAGCUUGUGCUGUUCGGCCAACAAGUGCAAUCACGUGGCUGUAUGUUGGCCUGCUUGAGCUUUUAACGUCAGAUGACAGAUUGAGGUUCCUCUUUCUAGAGAUCGCUCCUAUUGGAGUCCUGGUGCUUGGACUAACAUGCUUACUAGAUCGUUUCAUGUAUGGCAAGUGGAUUCUAGUGCCUCUUAAUUUUCUAAAAUUCAAUUUUCUUUCCUCGGGUGGAGACUAUUAUGGAACUCACAAGUGGCACUGGUACUUCACUCAGGGAUUUACAGUCAUGAUCUUCACUCACUUACCAUUUUCAUUAGCUGGCAUAAUUUAUUCCAAGCAAUGGAAGUUUGUUGGCCUUAUUGCUUGGGUUUUGGCACUUUACAGUGUGUUAGGUCACAAGGAAUUCAGGUUUGUCUUGCCAAUUCUUCCUAUCGCUCUUAUGUUCGCUGGUUAUUCUUUAGCCAUUAUGGAUGAUCCUGGUUCUGCAAAAAAUGAAGAAAAAGGAUCCUUGAAGAAGUAUAGUAGGUUCCCUAUAAAGAAGGGAAUUGCUAUCUUAUUCUUGCUUGCAACCAAUAUUCCAAUGGCUUUGUACAUGAGUUUGGUUCAUCAGAGAGGACCUGAGGAUGUUAUGAACCACCUCGCCAGAGAAGCUUAUGAUGGGAAAGUUAAAAGGAUAUUGUUCCUAACGCCAUGUCAUGCUACACCCUACUAUUCUAUGCUGCAUUCUAACCUGCCCAUGCAAUUUCUGGACUGUUCACCAAGUGAAGAGAAAGGAGUUCUGGAUGAGUCAGACCAUUUCUUGAUGGACCCUCUUGCUUUUGUGUCGGAAUAUGCAAAAAACUGGUCUCAGCCUAGUCACAUUGUUUUAUAUGAUUCAGAAGAACAAAAACUGAGGAACUAUUUACUAUCACAUAACUACACAGAGGAGAGUAGAUUUUUUAAUGCUCACUUCAAGGUAGAUCGCGAUCUCCAAGCCUCUAUUGUUGUAUAUGCUCUAAGAAGAUAGCGAGAUUCAUCCAAUCUGCUCCCAAUUCUGGUCUCAUGAUGGCUUCAAUAUAAGUGUCUCUUCUUUAACUUGGGUAACUUGAUCUCUCUCUCCCCCCCCGCUUCUCUUUCUACGUCUAUUUUCAGUAAUGCUUGCUAGGAAAAUACAGUGAAGGUACAUAUAAUUUUGGUAAUUGAGGACCAUUCGUGUGGCUUAUUUUGUGGUAUUGAAAGUCAAUCUUGCUAGAUGCAAUAGUUACAGGGUUGCCUGUCGUAUAUUAUUAUGUUGAGUGGGAAUAUGAGCUUGCUAGGAUUCAUUCCACUGAGGGCCAGAAAAGGUUAAGUUCAAAAUCCAUUAUUUCCAUUGAGCUUCUUCCAAGCACGCCAUCUCAGUGAGAAGUGUCAAAGCCUUGGGAUCUUACUUCAAGUGGCCCUUUCUUUUACCUCUUAUUUAAAAUGGACAUGAGUGGCUCCGUGAAAGCUUAGGCCGGAGGAUUAUAGAAACUAAUAUUUUUGUUAUUAGAUUCUUGGGUUAAAAGGCAUUUUUGUUUCUAAAUUAUUUUGCGAGGCGCGCUGGUUAUGCUAAAUUAUUUAUUGAGUAAUGCCACUCUUGAACUAA